CAUCUAUCCCUAAAGGCCUAAACAACAGAUACCAUAGAUUCCAUAUCCAUCUGAAUCUUUAUUGUGUAGUAUCAUCACCACCACCACCAUGCUGUCCAAAUGUUUCAGCCUCCAUCUCCAUCCCCACCACCAUUCCCUCUCCUCUUCAUUCCAUCCCAACCCAAAACCCAAACAACCCCUCACAAUUCCUCUCAUUCCUAAUAAAUUGACUACAAAAUUAACCACCACUCAUCACCGUGCUCACAUUUUUUCCCCUAGAAGAUGCCACUCUUUUUCACCCAUGGCAUCAAACCAAUCCAAAUUUAGUCCCCAAUUCGAUGAAUUUGAGCCGGAUCCAACCCUCACCAAUGAUGAUCUCAAGCCGACGACACCCGGUGAACGGACUUUUUCCGGGUGGGAAAUGGCUUGUUUGUGGGUGGGACUAGUUGUGGGUGUUCCAACAUACUACCUUGCAGGUAGCCUAGUUGACCUUGGCAUGGCAUGGUGGCAAGGAAUUGCCACAGUUGUUGUGGCCAACAUAAUCCUAUUGGUUCCAUUAGUCCUCACCGGUCACCCUGGCACGCGCUAUGGCAUCUCUUUCCCAGUCCUGGCUCGAUCUUCUUUUGGAAUUCGCGGCGCCCAUAUCCCAACUCUGCUUAGAGCACUUGUUGGCUGUGGGUGGUAUGGGAUUGAAACAUGGAUUGGGGGUGAGGCAAUUUUCCUUCUUUUGCCUAAAGUUGUCAAACAAUCAUCUUUGUCCCAAAUCAUUCCUUGGCUUGGCACUUCCCCUCUUGAAUUCACUUGUUUCAUUGCCUUUUGGCUAGCCCAAUUGACCGUUGUGUGGAAGGGAAUGGAUGGUAUAAGAGUGCUUGAAAAGUACUCUGCCCCAAUUCUCAUUGUACUAGUCUCUUGUCUCCUCAUUUGGGCUUAUGUCAAUGCUGGUGGCUUUAGUUACAUGCUCUCCUUGUCUUCUAGGCUAUCCAAUUCAGAAUUUUGGGCACUUUUCUUCCCUUCACUCACAGCAAAUAUAAGUUUUUGGGCCACUCUUGCACUUAACAUUCCUGAUUUCACUCGCCACGCCAAGAGCCAAAAUGAUCAAAUCAUGGGUCAAGCAGGGCUUCCAAUCUUCAUGGGUGCAUUUACAUUUGUUGGCCUAGCUGUAACCUCAUCCACCAAAGUAAUCUUCGGACGUGUCAUCUCAAAUCCGAUCCAACUUCUUGGCGAAAUUGGUGGUUUCACAACAAUGAUCCUAGCCAUUUUUGGGAUCAGCCUAGCCACCAUCACAACCAACAUUGCAGCCAAUGUGGUAGCCCCUGCCAAUGCCCUUGUCAAUCUAAGCCCUUCCAAGUUCACCUUCAGAAGAGGCGCGCUUUUGACAGCAUUGCUUGGUAUAGCUUGCCAACCUUGGAGGCUUCUUCAGUCAAGUGAGAGCUUUGUCUACACAUGGCUUGUUGGCUACUCUGCAUUGUUGGGCCCAAUUGGGGGCAUUCUUCUUGCAGAUUACUAUCUCAUUAAGGGCACCGAUUUAAGUAUCAAAGAUUUGUACACGUCGAGUCCUAAUGGGGCUUAUUAUUAUUCAGGAGGCUACAAUUUGGCAGCGAUGAUCGCUUUAGUUUUUGGGAUUCUGCCUGUGAUUCCUGGUUUCUUGGAAAAGGUUGGGAUUCUGAGUUCAAUACCGGCUUCGUUUCUCGUCAUUUACAACAAUGCUUGGUUCUUUAGCUUCUUCUCUGCUGGGAUUCUGUACUGGAUUCUUUCAUGUUUGAAAGGAAAACAGAAUAGCUCUCAACUUACAGACCCUCUCUUGCCCAAUACAUCUUAAAUGUUUUUACUUUCUCUUCUUCAUGUGUUUUUUCCCCAUUAGAACACAAUGGACUUGUAUACAUUGUAUAAUGUAUAACAAUUAAUAUAAAUUUUCCAGGUUUGAAUAUUGUUAUGAAUAA